AUGGCAACCGACCGCGUCAACAUUUUUCCCUCGCGUACCAAUCUCGUGCUGAUGAAUCAGCGCAUUAUGGCUGCCACACGCGGUCUGAAUCUGCUCAAACGGAAACGCGAUGCUAUCGAACUCAAGCUGCGUGAAGUAGUGGCCGAAUUGGAAGCCGCACAGGCGGUGGUGGACAAAGUGAUGGCUAAUGCGAUUUUCUCGAUGGCAAAAGCGAAUUUUCUCGACGCAGACUUACGCGCAUGCGAGCUGUUGAACACAGGCAAAGCAGACAUUUACAUGCGUAUAAAAAACACAAGAAUUGCUGGUCUCUUACUGCCGCAGUUUCAGCUGUUCGUGGAGAGUCCGGGAAGCUUUCCCCUCACCGGUUUGUCACGUGGCGGCGAACAAGUGGAAGUAGUGCGCGCCCGAUACCAAGAUGCCGUGCGAACGCUCAUUGCGCUGGCAUCGCUGGAGUACACAGCGAAUGCGCUACAAGAUGGAGCGCGACAAAACAACAUGCGCAUCAAUGGAUUGGAAUUUGUUGUGAUUCCACGCUUUCAAAAUACAAUCACCUACAUUCGAGACGAAUUGGAAGAGUAUGAACGUGAGGACUUCUAUCGUUUGAAGCGCUCGCAGGGGAAGCAACGCAAAGCGAAAGAGAAAUUCACGCAGCUUAUCAAAUUGAAAAAUCUGACACCAGAACAGUUGGCUGUUCUCGAAGAGCAGCAGAAGCAUAGACGAUCGUCGAUAGUAACUCCUGGUUUAGCGGCAGACUUUGACAUAAACGAAUUUCUACCGAUGGUGCAGAGAAGUAGGGAGAACGCUGGUGCUGGAGAAGCUAUGAAGUUCUGACGUACGAAUGAAGGCGGCAAACAUGAAAUGCCGUCCAUAACGAAGGAGAGUUGGGAGGAAGGGAGCGCGCAGCAACGAGAAGGUAGUCAAGCUGACCAGAAUUAUUGGUAGGGGAGUGUGUGUAAGGAUUUGUAAAAGGCAGAUGAAAUAAGUACAUAUAUAAAUACAGCAUGCAGAAUUGUAUUAUUCGAGAAUAUUUAAAUAAAAUGCAAACUCAU